CUGAGUUUGGGUCACAGCGGUUGGGUGUUGCUACUCUGGUCUCCUGCUGGUACCCCAACGCUCCUACGACCAAACCUGCAAAUUCACAAGUUUCCCAAAACGUCCCCAAUGGAUCAGCACAAGCUGCGCUCGGCAGGCGUCCAGGAGAAGCUGGAGAUCGUCGGGGUGGAAGAUGAGGCCGGCAACCCCAUCAGCGCCCUCACCAUCCUAUCUCUGCUGGAGCGCGUGGCCGGCAUCAUCGACAACGUCCAGUCCUGCCAGCAGCGCAUGGAGGAGCGCCAGCUGGAACUGGAGAACAACAUCAAGACCAUCCAGGGUGACGUCCUGAAGCUGGCCAAAGACCACAGCGACACCAGCGGCACCGUGGAGAAGCUCCUGCAGAAGACCCGCAAGGUGAGCGCCAACGUCAAGGAGGUCCGCACGCGCGUGGAGAAGCAGAACGUCCGAGUCAAGAAGGUGGAAACGACGCAGGACGAGCUGCUGACGCGCAACAAGUUCAGAGUGGUCAUCUACCAGGGUGAGACGGAGGUCCCGUCCGUGGCUGUCACCAAAUCUCCCCAAGGACUCGGUCUGGAAGGCCUGGAGAUUGAGCCGGACGCCUACGACAUCCCCGCCGACCUCUCCUCCGACGAAGAGUACCUGAGAGACGAGGAGCCGGAUCCGUCUCGAGCCGCUCGACUCAAGAAGUCCGUGGUGAAGAGCACGGAGACCCUGAAGGCCGCCUUCUCCAAGGAGAACAUGAGCAAAACCAAAGGCAACCUGGGCACCAAGUUCCACAACCUGGGCGAGAAAGUGAUGCCGCCGGAGAGGAGGGAGAAGAUGCAGCAGGCGGGGGAACGGCUGAAGCAGUCCGGCGAGCGCCUGAAGGAGAACAUCGCCAAGAAAGCCCCCACCAAAGAGACCUUCCGCAUCAAGCUGAAGAAGGAGCGGGCCGUCGCCGAGGGCCAGGAGGGGGCGGAGGGCGAGCCGGCCAAGGAGGAGAGCGCCCCGGAAACAAAGAGGGAGGGGCCGGUGGAGGAGGCCGGCGCCACCCGGGUGUCAGAAUAACGACCCGAGAACCGGGAACUGGGACACUGGAGGAACGAGGGCUGAGAUGUUAGACGAUUGUCUCAAUUAAUAAAAUUACUACGGUCUAAAUCUUGACGAUGAUUGAUAAAAUCUGUGAAAUGAA